UAAACUGUUAUAAACUUGACGAAAAGAAAUGCUUGUUUCUGUAAUGUAGCAGCAACACAAAAUGCAAUUGCCUUUAAGGUACAUCAGAAACGUAUGAAAUUAUUAUACAGUUAUUAAUGCAAUUGUUAGACUUCUGUGUUGUUAGUGAUAACUACAAAUUUUUCCACAAUUGUAAUUCGAAUAAAAUGGAUUAUCGCCAAAAGCAAAGUACAAAGAAUGAAGAUGAGGAUGAUGAGGAUUUAGAGGCUCUGCGAUUAGCAGCACUUCAAUCAUUAAGAGCAAAAGAUACUGUACAUUAUAAAAAACAAACCCUGCCACAACUACAGAAAGUUGUUCCAGAAGUUACACAAACAUCUCGUCCAUCAUAUAAAGGACAGCGACCUCCAAGAAGAGGAUACUUUCCCAACCAAUUGCAACAGCGGCGGAAUGGUAAUUUGUAUUAUCAAAGUCCACGCAAUCCAAACUUGAUAGCAAUAGUUCCUGUAGAUGAGCAUUCACUGCUUCAACAGACUGAUCCAGUUUGUCCUGUAGAAGAGAUUGCACCAAGCAUUGAAUCUCAUUCAGUAGAAGUAUCAAAGUUUCAUCGAACUGAUAUGCAGACUGAAACAUCUUCUGUAGUAAUUGAAAGUUCAGUAGAAACUUUAGGAAGUUCGAAAAAAACAGAGGAAGAUCAAGAUGAUACCAACGAUGAUGACGAUGAUAUCCUUUUAAUGGCUGAUCUUGAAGAGGAGGAUAGCUUAGAACGUUUAAUGGACGAAAUGGAACGAGAAAUGAACGUUGAUAAACCGUCUGAAAGAAAAGAAAAGAAGGGUAAUAAAAAAGGAAAUAAAGAGUCCGAAAAGAAGGAUGAAGCAGGCAGAAAUGCGAGUCUGAAAAAUAGGACAGAAGAUAGUAGUAGAAAAGAAUGUUGCAGUCCAUCUGUACCAGUUUCGAGCGUGAUAAACGAAAGACGAUCCAUGUCUCCACACAUCAGCCGAAUUUUACAAAAACGUAGGUCGUUAUCACCAAGAUCGCGGUCACGAAAAAAAUCACCCAGAAGGUCUCCUAGACGGUCACCUAUCAGACAAACAAAGAAGUCGCAGCGAGAAAUAACAAGGUAUAGAUCACCUCGAAAGUCGCCGGUACGAUAUUCUCCGCGUUCACGUUCGCCAAAACUUUCGUCGCGAUCUAGAUCACCACGAUUGUCUCCGCGUAGAUCUCCCAACAGGUCUCCAAUACGAAGAUCACCUAUUAAAAACUCGUCUUCAAGGGGACGGUCGCCAAGGCAAUCGAAAUCUCCUAGACCAAUACGUUCACCUAAAGCGUCAUUAACAAAAUCGCCAAGAUCAGCGCGAUCACGAUCUCCAAAAUAUUCUCCACUGAAGCUAUCUCCACAAUCUAAGUCACCUUUAAGAUCAAGGUCACCUAAAUUAUCUCCAAGACGAAUAUCACCACCCUCCCGCAGAACACCGCCCAAAUCAAAAUCUCCCGGACUUUCACCUAGAAGAGGGUUUUCACGUCUAUUGUCACCAAAACAUCUACAAUCACCGCGACGAAUGUCACCGCGAUCUAGAUCGCCAAGAUUAUCACCACAUACAUCGCCAUGGUCUUCUCCAAGAAAUUCUCCUCGUGCUUCUCCAAGAAGAAGAAGAUCUCCACGAUGGUCGCCUAAAGAGCUAUCUCGAAAGCAUAGGCCACGAUCAGUUAGUUUAGAUGAUACUGGUAGUCCCUUAUAUAUCAAAGAAUCAUCACCAACGGUAAAAAGUAGAGUAUCUCCGGAGAUAAGCCGUAUAAAAAUAAAACAGAAGGAAGAAAAUUUGGAGAAAACUACUGUAAUGGAAAAGGAGACUACAGAUUUAAAUAGCGACCCUGUGUUAGAAGCAAGGCGAAGGAAGUUUGAAUGUGCAAGGCCUAUAGAUCCUGUGAAUGCAAAUAAAAAAAUUAAAUUAAAUAAGCAAGAGAAUGUAAGUAAGAAGACAGAAUCUCUGGAAGGAGAAACACAAUCUGGAAAUUUAAGGAAGGUUAACAAAACUACAAAUGAUUACGAGAUUCAGGAAACAGAUUUAUGUUUAGAUGCUCAUUAUGAAGACUUCGAAGAUUUUGAAGAAAGUAUGGAAAAUACAUCUCCUAUAGCUAUCACGAGUUCCGUUAACUCGUGUAUUGACGUAGAACCACCAAAAGUAGAAAAAGAGAGAUCCUCCAAAAAAAAGAAGAAGCGUGAUAAAGAAUUAUAUCAAGUAGGAAAAUUAAAAAGUGAACUUCCCCUAUCUGAACGUAUAGGAAAAGAUAAAAAGUGUAAAAAGCGCAAAGAUGUUGUUUCGGACGGACCAAGUGAGGAAAUGGAUGCAAUAUUUGAGGACAUCACAAUUGACGAGGAAAGUGACUUAAGAACUGAACUAAGUAGAAGACGAGCAGAAAGAUUAAAUAGGACAAUACCGAUUCAGUCUGCAAGAUUAGUACAAUCUGCUUUUAAGGGCGUUGUUAAUGAAGUUGUUAAAAGUAAUGCAAAGACGAAUCAGAGACAUUUGAUUAAAGCAGAUGACAAAUCUAACCAAAAAGAAGUUAGAAGGGUAACUGUUCUUCAUCGAUCAAUACCUGAAAUCCAUGAUUCGGAAGAUGAAAGCACUCUGGAUGCAAAGGUGCCUGUGCGCUUUAGACUGGGUCUCGGUAAGCAAGUGCAGGAUACCAGAGAGUCUAAAAUUUCACGGAAAGCAUCGAAAAGACAGGGUCGCAAGGUAAAGCACAAAGUCAAUUUGACUCUAACAAAUGUUGAACAUGCUUUAUAA